AUGGCGUCCACCGGGAAGCCGCCGCUGGACGACUCGCGUCGCACCACAGGGUCGCCCAAGAUGAAGACACGAGGGUGUGCCUUUAACCACGAUCCGAUGAAAGUGAAUGCCGCGCAUCAAGCUCAAGCUGAGAGCGCGGCGAACAAGAAACGAUUCAACGUGGACUCGCCUAGUUUCACCCCGUCGCUGUUGUCGGGCAACGGUGCGUCUACCCCCAAGAGGUCCACCAUCUCGCCCAAAGCCGCCAACGCCGCUCCGUUCCAGCCGCGCACUGCAGCGUCCCCAGCGAGACAGGAUACCGCGACGCCCGACUGGACCGUGGCCGAGGUGCAGGAGUUUGUACCCCAGGGAUUUGAUGUGGCCCCUCUCCAGGGUAACGGCAAUGGAGGCAUCACAGCCUCGAACGCCUUCGAUCCCUUCGUCAACGCCUCGACUCCCUUGGGCACUCCCGGCGCUGUGGGCCCCGUGCCGACCAACCCCUACUCUCACGAUCCUGCGGCCGCUUUAGGGGGAACCGCGUUCUUCGGAAACCAGACUGGCUUCCAGCAACCAGUAUGCUACUUCCUGAACCUUGGUGGGAAUAUGUCUGACACCCUGCAGGUCCAGUACCAUCUGUAUGCCCCGAUUGGCCCUCACAACCAGAACACCCUUGGCUACCAACGGAAUGUCCAUGAUCUCUUCCUCCCCAAUGACUUCCGCGAAGAACUCCAGAAGAAGGCUGCUGCCACCUUGCAAACCCUACCCAACACAACACUGCCUUCCCAAGUCGAUUAUUUCCAUUCCCUCGUCCCCUUGGAUCUCACUCACCAGAAGAACGCGGCUACGUUCGGCUACCCCAGCUGGGUGUACAAAGCACAGUCCAGCAAAGAUGGGAACUUUUAUGCCCUACGAAGACUAGAAGGUUUCCGCUUGACUAACGAAAAGGCGAUCCGAUCAGUCCAAGCUUGGAAGCGGGUGUGCAACGGCAGCGUGGUUACUUUGCAUGAUGCAUUUACUAGUCGAAGCUUCCAAGACAGCUCAUUGAUCUUUGUCACUGACUAUCAUCCGUUGUCCAAAACCCUUGCCGAGCAGCACCUGGGCGCUGGUCAGCGGUUUCAAAACCGGCCGAACACCCAUAUCCCCGAGCAGGUGAUCUGGGGCUACAUGACUCAGAUUGCGAACGCUGUCAAAUCGAUCCACACCAACGGCCUUGCCGCACGAGUCCUCGAACCGAGCAAGGUUUUGUUGAGCGGCAAAAACCGCAUUCGGCUGAACGCUUGUGGCGUUUUGGAUGUGGUGCAGUAUGACUCGCAGCGGACGGUAGCCGAUCUUCAGCGGCAGGAUCUGGUCAAUUUCGGGCAAUUGAUUGUGGCCCUCGGCGCCAACCAGCCGAAUGUGAUGCACAACCCGACUAAAGCCAUGGAGCAUUUUACUCGGGCGUACAGCCCACAACUGAAGAAUUCGGUCUUCUGGCUGUUGAAUGGACUUCAGAAGGAUCAGGAUCGGACGAUCGAUAUAUUCAUCACGGGCAUUUCAUCCCAGCUGAUGUCGACCUUUGACUCGGCACUCCAUCUGGACGAUCAGCUUACGUCGGAUCUCAGCCGCGAGCUUGAGAACGGGCGUCUCGUGCGUCUGAUGACCAAGCUGAACUUUGUCAACGAGCGGCCAGAAUACGAACAUGACCGGCAGUGGUCGGAGACCGGCGAGCGAUAUUUCCUCAAGAUCUUCCGCGAUUAUGUCUUCCAUCAAGUGGAUGCUCAGGGCGAUCCGGUUGUCGAUCUGGGGCAUGUGUUGACCUGUCUGAACAAGCUGGACGCGGGCACCGAUGAGAAGAUUACCCUGAUCAGCCGGGACGAGCAGAAUUGCUUUAUUGUCAGCUACAAGGAGAUCAAGAAGGCGCUCGAGUCGUCCUUCCAGUCGCUGAUGAAGCCGGCGCGGCGAAUGCAUUAA